AGCAAGAAUACAAAAAGAUGCUGUUUUUUUACUGUUUUGACACAAUCCCCAAACGUAUGAAGACGAGCAAGUCCAGAGAGGAGAUGCCUCAAAUAAUCAUCCAGUUCUUAGGAGAAGACGAGUCCAUCUCUGCAAUGAAGGAAGCAAUGCUGUUCAUUCCAAGGAUGGACCCUGCAGUCCAGAACAAGCUGCGUCCCUUUGUGAACAAACUGAGCAUGAAACAGGAAGAAGAGACCAAAGAGAGUAAAUGGAAAACAACCCUGACCUCCAUCCUGGAGCAGCUGGAUGAGCAAGAAUACAAGAAGAUGCUGUUUUGUUACUGUUUUGACAAAAUCCCCAAACGUAUGAAGACGAGCAAGUUCAGAGAGGAGAUGCCUCAAAUAAUCAUCCAGUGCUUAGGAGUAGAUGGGUCCAUCUCUGCAAUCAAAGAAGCAAUGGAGCAAAUACCGAGGAUGGACUCUGCAGUCCAGGACAAGCUGCGUCCCUUUGUGAACAAACUGAGCAUCAAACAGAAAGAAGAGACCAAAGGGAAGAAGAGGAAACAUGAAAGUGAUCAGAACUCAGCGGACAAGGAGCCAGAGACCGAAGCCAAGUUUAAGAAGAACAAAGUUGUGAGUGACUCAGUUUCUUCUGAUGAGGAGCAAAAUGUUGCAGCUGGUGAGUUAACACACACAUUACAGAUAAAACAGUGAUGAAAAGUUCUACAAAAUAUUUACAA